AAGGCGUGUAUAUAUACCGAAUCCCCGCGGGCUGAUUCCAUCCAUCCAACCAAACCAAAAGCACGCUUCCUUUACUUUACCCUGCUCACAGAAGGGAGAGCGAGGAACAGGCGACGGAUCGAGCGCGAUAUGGAGAUGGGAGAGUCGGGAAUCGAGAGUCUUCCGGACCUCUGCGUCGCUCACUCCAUCUCCCUCACGUCGCCCCGGGACGCGUGCCGCUUAUCCGCCGUCUCGGCCGCCUUCCGCGGCGCCGCCACUUCUGACACCGUCUGGGACCGUUUCCUGCCCACCGAUUGGCAGUCGCUCGUCUCCCGCGCUGUCUAUCCCGUCGAGUUCUCCUCCUCUUCCUCCAAGCGGGAUAUCUUCUUUCGCCUCUGCGAUCCCAUCCUCAUCGACGACGGCAAGAUGAGUUUCUCACUGGACAGAUCGAGCGGGGCCAAGUGCUACAUGCUCUCCGCCAGAGAGCUGUUCAUUACGUGGGCAGAUACUCCGCAGUAUUGGACGUGGGAUUGCCUACCUGAAUCCAGGUUUGCGGAGGUUGCUGAACUGAUCGACGUAUGCUGGUUGGAGAUUCGUGGCAAGAUCGAAAGUAGAAUGCUUUCUCAGAGAACAACCUACGCUGCCUAUCUCAUCUUCCGAAUCUCCGAUGUAUCACAUGGUCUCGGCUAUCCGCCCCAAGAAGCAUCAGUGAAGGUCGGAGGGCAUUCGUCGACGAAAACGGUGUGUUUGCAGCCAAGUGACAUGCUCAGCCAUAUGCAUGCACGGAGGGCCAGUGCUUUGUUUGGGUAUUGCGUACGCUGCCGCCGGUUGAUGAUGACUGCGGAAGCUGAGGAAGCAGCAGAGGAAGCCGAAGAAGUGGAUGGAGCCCCUCAGGCAAGGAACGAUGAUUGGAUGGAGCUGGAGCUGGGUGAGUUCUACAUCGACGAGGGAGAUGAUGGGGAAGUCAAUAUAAGCUUGUUGGAGAUGAAGGGAGGCGAUUGGAAGAAGGGUCUGAUCAUAGAGGGAAUCGAGAUAAGGCCUAAAAACAAUAGGUGAAAUCUUCGAGUGAUCAUAAAUAAUUUGUCUAUUCGCUUUCACUUUUGGUGAUCAAAGAAUCUAUGUAGAGAUUGUGAUUCGUCAAGUUUGCAACAGUUAGCAUGCUGAUGUAACUGCGUUUCUUGUAUAGCUUUUGUUGCUUGGGCGGAGAUUGAGAUGGAACGCAUCAAUUUGUCUUGUUGUGAGUUGCGUUCGAAAGACAGAAGAAACUGUCCUUUUCAAGCAAACGAGAUUACACUUUUUCCUGGCAUCAGACUCAUUACCCCACCAAAAUAAGAGCAAUU